AUGAAAAAGAAGAUCGAUGAAUUGUUGCUGCAAUACCGAAAACAAGUUCGGGGCAACAAGGGAUUUGAUGUGGAUGAAUACCCGCUUUUAUCAUCUUCUGUACCUGUUAUAAUUAUCCCAAUUUCUAAGCUGCAAGAGAGCAAACGCCUAUUAAAGCUUGUCAAAAAGCUCUCAAAAUUAGCAAUUCAGCAAUACAAUAGAGAUCAUGCAUGUAAGGCAAAUUAUGACCUUGUGAUGGCUCACAAGGCAAAUUGUCAGCUUGCUGUUGGUUUUAUUUAUUAUAUUACUUUUGAGGUCAAGGAUGUUGAUGAUGGUGAGUCUAAAAUCUUUCAAGCUGAGGUGUUCGAUAGAAUUGAGAAGAUUGACGUUGUCUUGUAG